CACCGCGGCUCCCAGCCCCCAGCCCUGGCACGGGGCACUGAGGAAGGCAAACCACCCCUCCCACUCUCCCGCCGCAGCUCCAUCCUUAGCACCCUCCCACCGUCCCUGGCCAGCCGUCGCAGCUCACUGGGGGCUGCUGCAGGGGGCAGGCACCCCUCCAUCGGCCCCUGGAUGCUCCACAGCCGAGUGAGCUUCUCUGGGCUCCCCCUCUUUCAGCCCAUCCUCAAGACCCGCCUUGAAAACACUUACAGGAUGCAGCCAGAUGAUGGCUGCAAGUUCAAUGGGGGGCAGGUGCAGCGGGUGCUGGAGGGGGCCCUGGCCAGCGCCCUGGGGACUGUAGUCUACAGCCCCCAGGGCAGCGCCCCACUAGCCCAGAGCCUGGCCGAGCUGCUGCGGAGCCGGGCAAAGGAGGUGGUGCCACCCCGCUACAAGCUGGUCUGCCAUGUGCUGCUGGGCCAGCAUGGUCAGCAGAGCCUGCUGGUGGCCAGCCGGGCACUGUGGGACCCCAAAAGUGACAGCUUUGCCUCCACCACCUUCUCCAAUGCCUCCCUGUUUGCUGUGGCCACAGUGCAUGGGGUUUACUUUGAGUAG